ACGUGACACCAGCCACAAGCGAACAGCGUCGAGACACACACUGUCAGCAUUUUAGUAGCUGCCAAUUUCCAGGGAAAAUGUCGGCGUUCACAGAAGUUAACAAAGUUGAUAUGUCACUAGAUGACAUUAUAAAGCUGAAUAGGAAAGAGAAGAAAAGUCUGGCUGUUCAAAAGAGAGCCAAACAGACAAAGAAAGUAGUGCCCGCCAUGGCAAAGGUGAAACAGUUCAGAUCAAAGUUCAGUAAGGGUGCAGGAAACAAGUUUGCAGGACAAACACAGCUAAAAGGUCAAGGUAACAGAAGGCAGAAUUUGUCCCAGAAGCGAGCUCAACUUACUACCCAGAAAGGCAGGCGACCUGUGAACACAGUGGCCAAGCGAGCUCUGCAGGCAGCUAGGAAGACUUUGACCAGGAAGAAUACACAACAGAUGCAGAAACAGGCCAGGCAGAAUCUCCAGAUGCAGAAGAGAGGGCUGCAGGAACAGCCAGCUGUACAGAAUAGAAGAAGGAAGCUUAACAGAGGUUAUGUUGGUCAGCAGGCGCAGCAGAUCCAGCAGCCACAACAAAGGAAAAGACAGUGGAGAAACAAAGCAGGGAAAAAUAACAACCAAAAUAUUCUGACUGUCAGCAUCAAUAAUAAUAGACGUCAGCAGAACCAGGUGUUGGUCAGAGGUCAGUAUCCACAGCAGGGAGCUCAGGGAAGGAACAACCAGCAGAGGAGACAGAGGAGGAACAUGAACAGGCAGCAGAAUAUGAAACAAAUCAUACAGCAUUUACAACCUUCAGUUCGCAGACAGUACAACAUGAACAGUGGAAAUAUGUCUGUAAACCAGACUGGACGCACAAUGAGUGACAGGUUUUCGGGUGGGAACCAGAUUUCCAUGGGCAGAGGAGGCGGGAGGAGGAGGAACAGACAGAGAGGCGGACGUGGUGGCGGCGGCGGUGGUGGUGGAGGCAACAACUUCGUACAAAACAGGCAGCAAAACAGACAACAGAAUCAAGGGAAUAGGAACCGGAACAGGCAGACAAGAGGGCGACGUGGGGGUGGGCCGCAGAGAGGGGGUGGUAGCGACAGAGUUGUAUUUUGGUAGAAAUGUGAAAGAGACUAGAUUCACUAUGUGAUUAAAGUGGUCAGAUAUAGCUGUGUUUAUAAUCGUCCAGAAGUGGGUUUUUAAGUUGCUGAUGCAGAUUUGAGUACUUAUUUUUACACACUUUUAUAUUGAUAAUAAUUAUUUUCAUAGAUGAAAUCUUGGUAUUGUGUUGAUUUAGAUUGUCUUAAAAAUGAUAAAAAAAUUGCCACUGAGGGUCAUUUGACAUGUGUUUUAGCCUAAACUGUCUAUUUAAAACACCUGUUAUAACUGUUUUUUUUUUCUUGAAGACUUAAAGUAUCCAGAAGGAUUAAGACAGGUGGCAUACAGUGUGUUUGUUUAGAAACUUCAUCAUUUUAAGACAUGGGUCUAUGCAUAUUUUGUAACUUCAGGUCAAGGAACUUUUUAUAACACCAAAAACACAAUGAAUGGGAAUUUUUGGUAUGAACAAGCUUACAUUUUCAUUUUAUUUAUUUGACAUAAAAAGUUUCAUGCAUUUAUAUACAUAUGUUUGUAAACAGGUUUGGGUGGCAUUUGAUACUAUAGUUUUGAUAUUGUGUAAACAAUUAAUGGCAUUGUAACAAUUUAUUCAGAUAAUUAACCUGACAAAAAGUAGAAAUUUGCCAUUUUAUGAUGGAGAAUGCUUUGUAAAUAUAAUAUAUAUUUUAGUGAUGUCCAGCUUAAGCUGUGAACAGUUAGAAAGGUGCUACAUGUAACCUAAAAGAUCUUGGCAUGGUAAAUAGUUUACUGUGCUGUGCCCUGUACUGGGUAAUAUCAUGAAGUGACAUUUUUCUUCAGUUGGUUGUUAUGUAGAUAUUUUCAUUUUAUGGUACAAGUUAUUUAUAAUAAAUGGAAUAAAUGUACAUUCAUUUUUUUUAGAUUGUUGAUUUUGAUUGACAUGAAUCUAAAUAAAUUAUUACUUUUAUAGACUAAAUA